CUGCCGCUGUCGCUGCCGGCGUUGGCAGAGGCCACACAGCUCUCUCGUGGUUUAAAAGUACUACACUUAAUUACCGUUCUAUCACAUCACGCGCAGCAGCAGAGAAAAUCUGUUUGGACCUAUACAUGUGCACGUAUAUACUGUCGGCGAAAUUCGGUCUUUAAUUUGUUUGUGUUUUUUUGCUCGUGUUUGUUGUUGUUGUUAUUAUAUUUGGCGUGCAAUUACCAACGGUAAACGGUACAAAGCCAAAACAAAACGAAUAUAACUCCAAAAGCCAUGGCCAAAGUGUGUGUUUAAAAAAAAACAAAAUUUUUUUUUUUCAAAAAAUUUGAAAACUUCAAAAACUUUAAAAUAAUAUCUGAAAAAAAAAAAGAAAGAAAAACUCUCUUGUGGAGAUGUGCUUAAAAUUGUGAAGAAGAGAAAAGAAACAAACACUUGCAACAUCAUACAACAACAACAACAACAAGAUUGUAGAACAACAAACAGUAGCGAACUGUGCAACAAGAAGAAGAAGAAGAAGAAGAGCUUUCAAAAUGAUCGAUGCGGCAUGCAAUUAUCUGAAUCCCUAUGCAACACAGCAGCAGCAACAGCAACAGCACGCGCAGCAACAACACAUCCACAACAUGCAGCAGCAGGCGCAACAGCAACAUCAGCUCCUCCCGCAGCACCACUUGCAACAUCACCUGCAACAUCACCACCACCAACAACAACAACAACAGCAGCAGCAACAACAACAGCAACAUCAGCUUUUGCCACAACAACAACAACAGCAACAGCAGCAGCAACAACAACAACAACAUCAUGACUUCCUCAGCGCCGCUCUACUAUCCGCCCCCUCAUCCCUCUCCGGCGGGUCAUCAAGCUCCUCCGGCGGUUCUAGUUCCGGCAGCUCCCCACUAUACGGCCCUGUCUCCGUAUCCGGCAAGUCGGCGCCCAUGAAGCUCGAGAUGCCAUAUCCGCAGGCCUCCUCCACCGGCACCGCCUCCCCCAACUCCAGCAUCCAGUCCGCCCCCUCCUCGGCCUCGGUCUCGCCCAGCAUCUUCCCCUCGCCCGCCCAGUCCUUUGCCUCCAUUACCGCCAGUCCGACGACUCCCGUAUCCGGAUCUGGGUCCGGCUCCGGCUCCGUCAUUGGGAUGUCGGCAGCAGCGGCGGCGGUAGCGGCGGCCGCCACGGCAGCAGUUACGGCGGGAUCAGCAGGAUCCGGUUCUGGAUCGGGAUCCGUGUCCGCCGCCUCGUCCCCCUCCUCGGCCGCCUCGGCGGCAGCAGCGGCGGCGGCGGCGGCAGCGGCAGCAGCCGACUUGGGGGCAGCGGCGGUGGCCAGUGCCGCCUACGGAUGGAAUACUGCCUACUCCGGACUUCCAGCAAGAAGCCAGUUCCCGUAUGCCCAAUACGCGUCCGACUACUAUGGCAAUGCUGUGGGAAUGUCCUCCUCGGCGGCCUGGUUCUCCCACCAGGAGCGCCUCUACCAGCCCUGGAGUUCGCAGAGCUAUCCGGGCUUCAACUUCGACGACAUCGCCUUCCAGACCCAGUUGCAGCGGCGGUCGGUGCGGUGCACGUGCCCCAACUGCACCAACGAGAUGAGCGGCCUGCCCCCGAUCGUCGGUCCGGAUGAGCGCGGUCGCAAGCAGCACAUCUGCCACAUACCCGGCUGCGAACGGCUCUACGGCAAGGCCUCCCAUCUGAAGACCCAUCUCCGAUGGCACACCGGCGAACGUCCCUUCCUCUGUCUCACUUGCGGGAAGAGAUUCUCUCGAUCGGAUGAACUGCAGCGACAUGGAAGGACACACACCAACUAUCGUCCCUAUGCCUGCCCCAUCUGCUCCAAGAAGUUCUCCCGCAGCGACCAUCUCAGCAAGCACAAGAAGACCCACUUCAAGGACAAGAAGAGCAAGAAGGCCCUGGCCGCGGAGGCCAAGGAGCAGCAGGCGGCCAUCAAGCAGGAGAAGAAGGAUAAGAAGUCCUCCGGCAAGUCCCACACCCCGCCCGCCAUCGAGUUCAAGCAGGAGCAGUCCGAUAAUCCUCUAGUGAACUAUACCCCCUAUGGCAACUAUGUGGGAGGGGCGGGAGGAGCUGGUAAUCAGUCAGCACCCCCACCCCCGCCGCCGCUCUUCCAGCACAACCAGAUGGUGGGCGGCAGCGGUGGUGGCGCCACCUAUGAGCCCUGGAACCGUGCCACUACCUCGAAUUCCGCCUCCCGAUCCACUUCCUCCUCGGCGGCCAGUUCCCCCGCAGUGGGUGGUGCCGCCUCCUCACCCGCCUCCGCCUCGGCUUCCGCUUCCGCCUCCGCAUCCGCCUCAGUGUCCGCCACCUCCUCCGCCGCUGCCACCGCCCUGGCCCAGCACCACUACGCCGCCCUGGCCAUGCAGAGCGAGUCCCAGCUGGCGGCCGAGUACGGCCUGACGAUGAGUGGAUUGGCCAGCGGCGCUAGCCAGGAUUCCAGUUCCAGCUGCCACAUGAAGUCCGAGUAUGCGGCGGGCUAUCCCCCAGAGUUUGGGGCAGGAACUAGUGCCACCUAUGGCUAUCCCCCGCACCCCCAUCCCCAUCCCCAUCAUCACAAUGCGUGGGCAGCAGCGGCAGCCUAUCAUCCCCAUGCGGCCACCUAAGCAGGAUUACAGGGUAUCCUUUAAACAGAAAUACCCCAAAAAUUGUUAAAUCAUAAAAAAAAUGCCAUAAAAAAAGAAGAAAAAAGAAACCUAAGGCAACAAGUGUAGUGUGUUUUUUUUUCAGUGUUUAUUGUUGAUAAAAUAUAUAUAUAUAUUAUAUAUUAUAUUUAAUAAAAGAACUAAGUGUUUAUUAGAAUUUAAGAUUAUAUAUGAAUUUAAAAAAUAUCUACAAAAUUGAAAACAAAAAACUAAAAUAUUCUUUAAAUGUAUAUCCUAGCUAGUUCUAAGGACAUCCGAAUUUUUUUCUUUCCCAAAAACAAAAACAAAAAUACGAAUUUUUUUUUCUACCCAACUAAGACUAAUUUUUUUUUUGCAUGUCUGUAAAUAUUUUUUAGCAAUAUUUAAGCCAUAUAUAUUUAGAAAACUUAAAAAAAAAAAAGAAGAAAAAGAAAAGAAAAUUAAGAAAUACAAAAAUUAUGAAACCAUCUAGUUGUGUACCAUAAUAAUUGUUAAUUGUCUUUAAGAUAAAUUAUAUUUAAAAACAAAAUGCUAAAAAAAUACCUACAACAUCCAACCGAGGCGACAAAAAUUCCCAAAAAAAAACAACAACAACAAAAUCCUAACAA